CCAACUCUACAAAAACCCACUUAUGAACCCCCUGAUCAGAUCAUUUUGCCAAACCCGCCCAUGCUUGCAAUCCCUUUAUCUCUUCAAGAGACUUCUCCACAUUUCAGAACCCGAAAUUUCUACGUUUCCUUCGAUUCUUAAUUCAUGUUCUUCUCUGCCGUUCCCUGAUGCUGGACUCGUGAAUCAUGGGUACUUGAUCAAAUGUGGUGGUUUUGGAUGUUGUGUCAAUGUUGGGAAUGAUUUUCUUUGGAUGUAUGUAAAGCUCGGUGAAUUUCAGGAUGCCUAUAAGGUGUUCGAAGAAAUGCCGGAAAGUAGUGGGGAUGUGUUUGAUAGCAUAAUACACUGGCUUAGACGUAAUCGGACCUAUGAGGAUGUUGUGAUUGCUUUUGAGAAGAUGGUGGAAUUCUGUGUCUUUCCAAGUGUACAGUCUGUUUGUCAUGUAAUUAGGGCUUACAGCGAUUUGAACAGCAUUGAAAAAGGGCAUUUUGUACAUGAUUAUGUGAAACAAAAUGGGUUUGAUGAUCACGUUCUCGUAAUGAAUUUAUUGAUUUCAAUGUAUGUUAAAAUGGGUAGGCUGGAUCUUGCUCAACAAGUUUUUGACAAGGUGAUUCAUAAGGAUAUAGUCUCUUGGAACUCAUUGUUUACGGGAUACGCACAAAACAGGAACUGGCACAAAGUCUUUGACCUCUUUUUAUGCUUAAGGCGAGCUGAGAAUCUGGUUCCUAAUGUUGUUACGUUCUUAGCUUUACUUUCGAGUGCUGGCCAUGCUAGGGGAGUUGGUAUUGGGAUGAGCAUUCAUGGGCACUUGAUCUGUAUGGGUUUAUAUCUUGAUGUCCAACUAGGAACUGCUAUUUUUGAUAUGUAUGCAAAAUGCGAAAGACUUGAUUACGCCCAAAUUGUAUUCGAACAAGAUUUGAUAAACAAGACUUUGGUGUCUUGGAACGCGCUAAUUGCAAUGUAUAAACAAAAAGGUUAUAGCCAGGAGGCAGCAGAUGUUUAUGAAUGGCUAGUGAUGGAACCUAAUGUUAAACCAGAUUCUUUCUCAUUUGCUAAUGUACUUCCUGCUUAUGCAAAUCUGGGAAAUAUUCAAAGAAUCAAAUCAAUCCAUUCAAUGAUUGUCAAGAGGGCUCUAGACAUGGAAGGAGACAUCGUUUUGGCUACUUCAAUGUUGGAUGCAUAUGGGAAGUGUUCAGAUGUGAAAGCAUCUGAAUUGUUGUUUGCUUGUAUUCACCACCCGAAUACUGCAACAUGGAAUGCAUUAAUUUCUGUAUAUAAUCUGAAUAACCAGAUUGAAAAGGGGAUGAUUAUUUUUCGUGAAAUGGUUCGUUGUAAAGUGUUGCUAGAUCCUAUAACUAUGGUGGCACUCUUUCAAUCGUGUGGACAAAUGGAUUCUCUAAAACAAGGUAAUAUGAUCCAUGGGCUUGGUCUUUCAAAAGGAUUUUCUUCACAUCUUAUGGUAGGGAACGCCUUGAUAGAUAUGUAUAUGAGAUGUGGAUGCACCAAAAGUGCUGAAGUGUUUUUCCAUUCAAUGCCUAGAGAGAAUAUAGUGACUUGGAAUACCAUGAUUUGUGGUUAUAUGAAAGCUGGAUGUUCUUCUGCAGGUCUUGGACUCUUUCAUCAAAUGCAGUCGGAAAAAGGGUACAAGCCAGAUUCUGUAACAAUUAUUUCUUUACUUCGGGGAUCUUUAGCUAUCUCAGCUGGUUAUGUUGAGUUAUUUCAUGGUUACAUAUUGAAACUUGGGCUCGCUUCUGAGACACUUGUUAUGAAUACUUUGAUUGAUUCAUUUGCAAAGAUUGGCAUUAUAGAGAAAGCUAGAGCCUUGUUUACACAAAACGAUUUCAGGAAAGAUCAAAGCUCUUGGAACAUAAUGAUUGCAGGAUAUGGAAUGAACGGUCAAGGGAGCGAAUCUAGUAAACUUUUCGCUCAAAUGCAGGAAAAUGGAUAUGUACCAGAUUCUAUCACAUUCACCUCUCUUCUCUCAUCUUGCAGCCAUUGUGGGCUUAUUGAAGAUGGAUGUAAAUUCUUUGACCUCAUGAUUACCAAACACAAGAUUCAACCAACCAUGGAGCACUGGACUUGCAUUAUAGACAUGUUAGGACGGGCCAACGGUUUGGAAGAAGCGUAUGAUGUGAUCAGAAGUGGGACUUAUCAGAACUCCAGCAAAUGCGUCCCAUUGGACAGCAUUGCCGUUUGGGGAGCUCUUCUUAGUGCAUGUAGAACUAACAUGAACAUGAAGCUUGGGGAGCUUGCAGGACAGAAAUUGUCCAAAAUGGAGUCUCAUUGUUUGUAUCACUCAUUGCUCUCAAAUUUGUACUCAUCAAACAAGAAAUGGGGUGAAGCCACAGAAAUCAGGAGAGUUUUUGAAGAUCGAAAAGGGAUGAAGAAGCCGGGGUUAAGCAGUUUGAAGAGUUGAUGAAUUAAGAUUUCAUAGAAAUGAUCACUACCAUUCAAAAAAGGGUAGACACCACCCACUGGAGGUCCCCUACCACACCAGUCCCACGGCCAUCAAGUCAACAGUAGAUCGUGGUGCUCGUUCCCUUUAUCACUUUAUGGAUGCCCGUAAGUCCAGAAUCAACGCAUAAAAAAACCAACAUACGGUCUUCAUCAGAGUUCACAAGUAAGCAAAGAAUAUUAGGCUUAAUUUUACUAUGGUUUUUCCUUAUUAUGUUGGAUGUUUAAAUCUU